AUGGCCUCGAGAUUCUACGAGAUUUUGAAAGAAUCAGGGCUCCAGAGGCAGUUGGAGAACGGCUGGGGGCAUCCUCCCCUGGAUGAUGCUACAACAGGUUCCGCAUCAGCCCCCAGUGCUGUGUUGGACCGAGGCAGUGACUUCAGCCGACCACAGUCUCGACAAGGUCCCAAAACAUUGUCCCCAUCAGGUUCCCGCAAGCAUCGAGAAGGAGGGAGCCACAAAAGUCGCAAGUCGAAAAAGUCUCGGAGUGGCCAGGUCAAGGAGGAACACGACGACGAAGAAGAAGAAGAUGGCAUGGAGACGAUCCCGCCCGUCCAAGGAUCGAACAAGCCCUAUUCCCCAAGCAGUGAUUCUCAAGCCACGGAGUCGAGCGAGGAGCGUGGAACGUCUGGUUACAAGUUGAAUGGGCAAGGCUAUGGAAGCCGCGAAUACAUGAGUGAGCUGGACUCGGAGCUGGACACUCUCAGGAAGCAUCUCCUCCAACGUGCCAACGCUCCCAGAACAUUCCCCUAG